GGCAAAUAUAAAUAAUUAUUUAAUUAGUUGUAUAUUAUAAUAAAUGUAUUUGAGAAACUAAAAAUGGAUAUAGGCUAUAAAGUGAAAUCAAAAAAUCCCAAGGAAGACGUAAAUUUUAUUUCAAAAUUAAUUUUCUGGUGGAUGGUGAGUACUGUCAGAAAAGGAGCAGUGGAAUUAUCAGAUUUAUUCAAACCUCUAGACAAAGAUAAUUCGAGAAAAGUGACAGAUCGUCUAGAAUUAAAAUGGGAAAACGAGGUGCGCAGAGCUCGAAAAGAAAAUUCUACCCCGAGCUUUUUAAAAGCUCUGACCAAAGUAUUUUUUCUUGAAUUCAUGUUUUUUGGCGUUCUUUGGUUUAUUUUAUUUGUAGGCAUUAAAUGUGCUUUGCCUCUAGUUCUUGCAAGAUUAAUAUCACUUUAUGCAGACGCUUACACUGAAGAGAGAAAAAUAGACUAUUACUCAACUAGUGCUGUAUUGCUUGGAUUAAUAAUACUGUCUAUUUUCUUUUUUAAUCAUCUAUUAUUUGGAUUGUCUGCUAUAGGAAUGAGAAUGAGGAUAGCUUCUUCGUCGUUGGUGUAUCGCAAGAUAACCAAAUUGAGCCACAAAGCUCUCGGGCAAACAGCAGCUGGCCAAAUUGUCAACUUGUUGUCAAACGAUGUAAGUCGCUUUGAUCAAUCAAUGCAUUAUCUCCAUUCCCUCUGGGUCAUGCCCUUUCAGGCGAUGCUUAUGUCAUACAUAAUCUGGCAACAAGUUGGGAUCUCUGCCCUUGCUGGGAUUUUUUCAAUGUUGAUUGUCAGUUUGCCGGUGCAAAUAUACGUAGGAAAAUUAAUGGGAAAAAUUCGCGCCAGCAUUUCAACGAGAACCGACAAAAGAGUCAAACUGAUGAGCGAAAUUAUUUCCGGAAUUCAAGUAAUAAAAAUGUACGCUUGGGAGAAAUCAUUUGAAAAAAUUGUAAAAAUGGCCAGAUUAGAUGAAGUGAAACGGAUUUCAAACGCGUCUCAACUAAGAGGAGUUUUUUCCACUUGCGUAGUCAUUCUUGAGAGAUCUUCGUUGUUUUUCACUAUAAUUUGCUUCGUUUUACAAGGAAACCUGAUAACUGCAGAUAUAGUAUUCUCCCUAGCACAAGCAUUCAAUAUUCUCCAGCUAGGUAUGGCCGGUUUCUUUUCAUGGGCCAUAGGCAUUGGUGCCGAAACCUUAAUCUCAGUCCAGAGGCUUCAAGAUUUUUUGAUUUUGGAGGAGCGAGAAGAAAGUACGAUAGAAGAAAUAAAACAAAGCGGGAUAAUAAUGCUCAACGUCAAUGCUUCUUGGAGAGGAUCUGGUUCAAGAACAUUGGGGGAUAUAAUGUUACAAAUCGCACCAGGUACACUUUGUGCUGUUGUUGGACCAGUUGGUGCUGGAAAGAGUUCUUUAUUGCAACUUCUUCUGGGAGAACUCCCAUCAACAACAGGAAGAAUUCAAAUGGGAAAAUAUGUAUCAUACUGCUCGCAGGAUCCCUGGCUUUUUCAAUCUACAGUACGGAACAACAUCCUCUUUGGGCAAUUUUAUAAUAAAGAUUUGUAUGAUAAAGUUGUUAAAGUUUGCGCAUUGGAACGGGAUUUUGAACAGUUUCCUAAUGGCGAUAAAACCGUUGUCAGUGAACGUGGCGUUUCUUUGAGCGGUGGACAAAGAGCUAGAAUAAACUUGGCAAGAGCCAUUUACAGACAAGCUGAUAUCUAUCUAUUGGACGAUCCUUUAUCAGCCGUUGACGCUCAUGUUGGAAAACAUUUAUUUGAAGAAUGUAUCAAUAAGCACUUGAAAGGUAAAACGAGAGUUUUGGUCACCCAUCAGUUGCAAUAUUUGAAAGAGGCACAUCUAAUAGUGGUUCUUAACGAAGGCCAAAUUGAAGCUCAAGGUACUUUUGAGGAACUAAGUAACAGCAAACUUGACUUUACCAAAAUGUUAUCGCAAGUAGUACAACCUGCCGAUAAAAAUAAAGAUGGAGAGUCGGAAAUUAUUGUUACGGGACAUUCUAUUACUAGUAAACAUGGUUUAACGUUAUCACUCAUAUCAAGCGACAUAUCUCAAAGCGUGGAUGUUUUUCCACAACAAAACCAAGAAGUGAUCGAGGAGGAAUCAGCAAGUGAUCCUAAUAGUAAACCCUUCAAAGACUACGUGUUAGCUAGUAAAAACAUCUGCCUUUUAGUGAUUCUAAUUUUAAUGCUAAUCGUAGCUCAAGCUCUUUGUGCAAGUGCAGACUUUUGGGUGGCCUUUUGGACUCAACAAGAAAAGAUACGUCAUACAAACAACACAAGUAUUUUAGAAUCAUCGCUGGCUGAAGAUGUACAAAUCCACACAUUAAAUGACUCCAAUACUCAAACGCUACAAAACUAUAUCUACAAUGUUUCUCUACCAAUUCCUUACAGUUUCUCAUUCAAUGACAUUUUCGAUUACAUUCGAAUCGACAACGAUGUUUAUAAAGUUAUCAAAACUAAUUACGCGAUGUAUUUCUAUGGAAUUCUGAUAGCAGGAGCGACUAUAUUCACUUUAGUUCGAUCGAUAUUGUUCUUCAAAAUGUGCAUGAUGUCAUCCGUGAAUUUACAUUCGAAGAUAUUUCACUCUUUGUUACAAGCACCGAUGAAGUUUUUUAAUAUUACACCUAGUGGAAGGAUCUUAAAUAGAGUUUCGAAAGACAUUGGAGCGAUAGAUGAAGUUUUACCCAGAGAGUUGUUGGAAUCUUUACAGAUAUUUUUGGUAAUGGGUGGUAUCAUGGUGAACGUUGCUGUUUCCAAUCAUUAUUCCAUGGUAGCUAUGGCUGUGUUAGGCAUCACAUUAUUCAAAAUGAGUACUAGCUACAUAUCCACAGCGAAGUCUUUAAAACAUUUAGAAGCAAAAACAAAAUCACCAGUAUAUUCGCAUAUAAAUUCGACAAUCAAUGGAAUUUAUACAAUUAGAGCUUCAAAGGUUGAAGAUAUUUUAAUAGACGAAUUCGAUCAUCACCAAGACGUACAUACAUCAGCUUGGUACUUGCUUCUUGGAUGUAUGUCUGCUUUCUCUCUUUGGAUUGACAUUAUAUGUGUUAUAUUUAUAGCUUGCAUCAUCUUUAGUUUCGUUGUUAUACAUUCCUAUUCACCUGUGAGUAGUAGUUUGGUAGGUCUUGCUAUUGCCCAAUCCAUGGUUCUUACUGCCAUGGUCCAGUACGGUCUACGCCAGGCAGCUGAAGUCAUUACUCAACUAACCAGCGUGGAAAGAGUUAUGGAGUACACUAAGAUCGAUACUGAAGGCCCAUUUGAUACUCCAGAAGAAUAUAUUCCAAAAGGACCUUGGCCUACAAAUGGAAUGAUAUAUUUUCAAAACGUUUCUCUAAAAUAUGGUGAAAAUGAACCACCAGUUUUAAAAAAUUUAAAUUUCUCGCUCAAACCUGGAGAAAAGAUUGGUAUUGUGGGACGGACUGGGGCUGGAAAAUCGUCUCUAUUAGCUGCAUUAUUCCGUCUAACAUCUUUUGAUGGCGCUAUCUACAUAGACGGAGAAAACACUAAAAAUUUAGGACUGAGCGAACUGAGAAAACAUAUAUCUAUAAUACCCCAGGAACCAGUUUUAUUUUCAGCCACUUUGAGAUACAAUUUGGAUCCUUUUGAUGAGUUUGAUGACGAUCAGAUAUGGAAUGUUUUAGAACAAGUCGAAUUGAAAGAGAAUAUAGAAAGUUUAGACUACAUGGUUGCAGAAGGUGGUACCAACUUUAGUAUAGGGCAAAGACAGUUGAUUUGUUUGGCCAGAGCAGCUUUAAGGAAUAAUAAAAUUCUAGUUCUAGAUGAAGCCACGGCAAAUGUUGACCCGAGGACUGACUUAUUCAUCCAAUCAAAAAUACGUGAAAAAUUUACUGACUGUACAGUUCUCACCAUCGCCCACAGACUAAAUACCAUCAUGGAUUCUGAUAAAGUUUUAGUCAUGAGUUUUGGAAAUAUGGUAGAAUUCGACCAUCCGCAUAAACUUCUGCAAAUGCCAGAAGGACAUUUUAGUAAAUUGAUCAUGGAAACUGGACAAUCGAUGGCUAUGCAACUUAGGGAUAUAGCAAUGGGGGCUUAUUCUAAUGAAAUUGAGCUAAGUUAAAUAGUUUCUUAAAAGUCGUUUUGAGAUAAA